AUGACCGAGAAGGAGAAACUCAAGGCACGUGUAAGGGAGCUCGAGCAGAUCCUGAUAGCUACCGCGCAAGAGCUCGCCGUUGCCCAAAGCGCCGUUAUGCAAUGCGAAGUACGAGCCACCAACGUGAUGCAGGCGAUAAAGGGUAGCUUCAGCGGCGCAUCAACGACGCCAGAAUCAACAGCCCGUAUGCGUGCACGCACUGGUUCUGUGACACCCAGUCUUCGCAAUGCUUCCAUGUCUGGUGUCACACGGAAGCAACAAGCACAAGCGAUAACGGCGUCCCUGGUCAAUGACGCUCAUCCGAAUCCAUCGGAACCAAACAAGAGCCCGGAGAGUGGAGCUUCUCAAACGGCCAAACCAAGUCGUGAGCAGCAGCCGCCUGCGGAGGUCAUCGUCACGAACCCUGGCGAAAGGCCGGAAGUCGUGCACCAGCGCUACGAGAUCGUUGUUCGCAUCGGGUCGACAUGGGCGGAGAUCUCUUGUUAG